AUGAGCCUCUCUUACACAGAUUACUCAAUACCAAGACAGCCCAUGUCUGAUCCCUGGACAUUUCAAUGUGAGACAGAAUCAGCAAUCUUUCGUUUAUGCUUUCAGCAAUUUACCCAACUGGUUCAGAUUGUGUUCCAGUUUCUACUAGAACCAAAUAAGUCCAGCAGACUUAUCGAACAGUUGGAAGAAUUUUCAUCGCAACAUGGAGUUAGUGCUGCAGCUUUGAAAAAUGUCAUCAAAAGUUUACUGACAAUUCCAAACAGUGCACUACGGAAGAAUCUAGGACCAACACAGUUAAAGGAAGAUUUUUUAACUUUAGGUUUAGCAGAAGAAAAGUCAACCUAUUUUGCUGAGCAGUGGCAACAAAACCUCUUGGCCCUCUCAAGGACAGCCUUAGGUCAGACACUGAUGGUCAACCAACUACUGGACAUGGAGUGGAAGUUUGGGGUGACAGCCGCCAGCAGUGAACUAAACCAGGUUGGAAACACUUUCAUUCAGCUCAAGUUGGUGGUUAAUAAAGGAAACAAAACAGAGAAUGUAUAUAUGG